GGCCGGGACGGCAGCCCCCGGCACCUGCCCGGCUCUGAGCUCCGCUGCCGGGCCCGGGGCAGGAAAGUUGGGGACGGUCGCUGAAGCCCCCUGCCAUGUUCUCCGUGCAGGAGGCGCUGCCCCGGGGGGGGCUGCCCAUGAAGGAAGAGCCGCUGACCGCUGGGCUGCCCUCCGUCCGCUGGCUGCAGGGCACCGGCAUCCUGGACGCCAGCACGGCGGCACAGAGCGGGGUGGGCCUGGCACGAGCCCACUUUGAGAAGCAGCCCCCCUCCAACCUGCGGAAAUCCAACUUCUUCCACUUCGUCCUGGCCAUGUACGACCGGCAGGGCCAGCCCGUGGAGAUCGAGCGCACCUCCUUCAUCGACUUCGUGGAGAAGGAGCGGGAGCAGAAUGGCGAGAAAACCAACAACGGGAUCCACUACCGGCUCCAGCUGCUGUACAGCAACGGGCUCCGGACUGAGCAGGACCUCUACGUCCGCCUCAUCGACUCCAUGUCCAAGCAGGCCAUCAUCUACGAGGGGCAGGACAAGAACCCAGAGAUGUGCCGGGUCCUCCUCACCCACGAGAUCAUGUGCAGCCGCUGCUGCGACAAGAAGAGCUGUGGGAACCGCAACGAGACCCCCUCUGACCCCGUCAUCAUCGACAGGUUUUUCCUCAAGUUUUUUCUCAAAUGCAACCAAAACUGCCUGAAGAAUGCGGGGAACCCCCGGGAUAUGCGGCGCUUCCAGGUGGUCGUGUCGACGACGGUGAACGUGGACGGCCACGUCCUGGCUGUGUCUGACAACAUGUUUGUCCACAACAACUCCAAACACGGGCGGCGGGCACGGCGCCUCGACCCCUCCGAAGCAGCCACCCCCUGCAUCAAAGCCAUCAGCCCCAGCGAGGGCUGGACCACCGGAGGUGCCACUGUCAUCGUCAUCGGGGACAACUUCUUCGAUGGGCUGCAGGUCGUCUUCGGCACCAUGCUGGUGUGGAGCGAGCUCAUCACGCCUCACGCCAUCCGGGUGCAGACCCCCCCACGACACAUCCCCGGCGUGGUGGAGGUGACGCUCUCCUACAAGUCCAAGCAGUUCUGCAAGGGUGCCCCAGGACGCUUCGUCUACACCGCGCUGAACGAGCCCACCAUCGACUACGGGUUCCAGCGGCUGCAGAAGGUCAUCCCCCGGCACCCUGGGGACCCCGAGCGCCUGCCCAAGGAGGUCUUGCUGAAGCGGGCAGCUGACCUGGUGGAGGCUCUCUACGGGAUGCCGCACAGCAACCAGGACAUCAUCCUGAAGCGAGCGGCAGACAUCGCCGAGGCGCUGUACAGCGUCCCCCGCAACCCCAGCCAGCUCUCCUCGCUGGCCGGCACCCACGGCCCCGCCAGCAUGAUGGGGGUGAACUCCUUCGGCAGCCAGCUGGCCGUCAACAUCGGUGACUCGCCGCAGGGCACCGAGCAAGGUGGGCCGGGGGCCGCGCCGGGCAGCAGGAGGGGGUCCCUGCCUGCCCUGUGCCACCCCCGGCCCCUGUCGCCCACAGGCUACUCCCGAAACACGGGCAGCGUCUCACCACGGGGCUACGUGCCCAGCUCCACGCCGCAGCAGAGCAGCUACAGCGGUGCCGCCGGCAUCAACGGCUACGGUGGUGGCACCAUGGCUGGCCUGGGGGUGCCCGGCUCCCCCAGCUUCCUCAACGGCUCCACCGCCAACUCCCCCUAUGCCAUCAUGCCUGCCAGCCCCCCGCUGGGUGCCUCCUCCAUCACCCUCCCGUCAGGCACCAAUGCCUCCACCCCCACCGGGGUCUUCUCCUUCUCGCCCGUCAACAUGAUCUCAGCGGUGAAGCAGAAAAGCGCCUUCGCCCCCGUGGUGCGGCCGCAGACCUCCCCGCCGCCCGCCUGCGCCAGCACCAGCGGCAGCAGCCUGCAAGACCCGGCUUUCGAGGACUCGGACAAGUUCCACACGCCUGCGCGGCCGCUCCAGGGACUGGCCUAUUCCUAAGCACACUGUGCCCGGCCGCCUCAUGCCACCCAUGUGAGCCAGGAUGGCUCCGGAGCUGCGACAUGGACUGGGACUGAUCAUGGCCUCGCAGCCCAGCAGUGCCAGCCCCUCCAACCCGCUCCCAGGGGCUCCCGUGAGGAUCAGGGCACACAGGGCUCCGGGACCUGCCACCCCGCUGCCCUGCGGCUGCCCCAGACCAGCCCCAUGGAGAUCAGCUCCCUCACAGGGGAGUCACCUUGGCCAGGACCACCAGCAGAGUGGCCUGGCAUGGCUCAGCUCAGCGGGCAACCCCUCCUGAGGCCAGAGAGGGGCCUCGGGGGGAGCCGCUGGGAAUGACCCAAACGCUCUGGGUUUAACCUCAGAAAGAUGCUGAGAGACUUGCGGUUGUGUGGGCAGCGGAAGCCGUGGGCAGGAUGCUCAGGGGUAGAAGGGACGGAUGCUCUGGGGUGGGAGGGAUGGAUGCUCCAGGGCAGGAAGGAUGCUGUGGGGAAGGAUGGGAGGAUGUUCCAGGGCAGGAUGGAUGCUCUGAGACAGGAGGGAUGGUCCGGGGUGGGAUGGAUGCUCCAGGGCGGGAUGGGGAGGGAUGUUCCUGGGCAGGAUGAAUACUCGGGGGUGGGAGGGCUACUCCAGUGGGGCCCAGCUUCCCCCCACACUUCCCGGCUCUCUCACCACUGUGGCCAGCACUCUCUCCCCAGAUGUGCAGCUCCACAUCUGGAGCCGCCCACCCGCAGCUCCCCGGUGGCCGAAGCCGGAUCUCUGCCUGCAUCCGCGCCCCCGCCAAGGAUCGGGGCCUCGGCGCCACCCGGGCGGGGGGAUCUGGGCUGCCCCGGCCCACCGACCCGAGCCCCCGGCACAGGGAUGGCACAGUUCCCGACCCCGUCAGCUGCCAGGGCUGGCUGCUCCAGGACACAACCGCAGCUCUUUUCUCAUUAUUAUCACUAUUAUUAUUAAUAUAAUAUUAUUAUUAUUAUUUUUAGCAGCAGGCGAGCCAGCAGGCAGGGGCUCUGACAGGGCAGGCAGGAGACCCCCGGCCCUGGGGCCUGCCUCCCCCCGCCGGGGGUUUCCCUGUCCUCCCAGCCAGGCGGGAGCGGCUGGGGAUUGGGAAUUUUGUAAAUAAAGAAAAAGGGAAAAAAACCACCCCAACACUCCCCCACCCACCGGCAUCCCACCUGUGAGAGUGGCCCAUGUCCCCCGCUGUGUCUUGUGCCCCUGUGUGCCACAGCGAUGGUGACACCACUGUGCCCUUCUUGGUGUCAGCACGUGCUGCCCCUGUGCAGCCCCCGUUGCCCCUCGCUUAGUGCUGGGUCCUUGGCUGAUGUCCCCAGCUCCUGCUUGGGGUGACCAUGGAGGUCCCAGGGCCGGGGGCAGCCCCCCACCCACCUUUGGGUGCAGGGUGACACUCCCCCCCAGGGUCCUGGUCCCCUCAUGGUGCUGGCGCAGGACAGCGAUGCUGGGGUCCCUCAGAGUGGGGGGCCUUUCUGACAUGGAAAUAAAAAGCCUUGUAGAAGG